GUCAACAGGCCAACGGCUUCCCACUUUGGCGACGUGCUGGCCGCGGUGCAGCGAUGUGGCUCUACAGUGGCAAUAAGGGCAGCUUGGUGGAGGAGCGGGUGAUUUGUUCGGCUGACGAGGAAGGGCGAUCGAGAUGGGUCUUCAUCCUCUUCAUCCUCAACGGUCGUGUCCACCGCCACUCCACCAGUUCCAGAUGUGGCUUUGCAUGGAAAACACUGGGAUCCAAUUUGGACUCUGGGGGGAAUGAGGACAUCAGACUGGCCGGGAUCUACCAGCUGGUGCGGGAGAUCUUCGCCAAUGGCUAUCCGGUUUGGAAGAGCUUUCAAGAUGGCCAGCGACUUCUUUACACUGGCAGCAACGGCUGCUGGUACUUCGGAGGCAUCGACAAGGUCACCGCACAAGACUUCAACUGCUCCAGUGGUGUGCUGCGCACUGCAGUUCCUCACGGUGGAGUGCUUCCACAUGACAUCGGCCAAGAAUGGCAAUUCCUCAACGAGGAAGGCUGGCAGUUGGAUGAGGACAUCUUUGUGUGGUCCUCACCGCCCAAAGCCCUGCAGCAGCUUUACCUCGUUGGCAGGGACGGCUCGGAGCGUCUCUGUGGGAUGUAUGCGCUCCAAGGCCAAACUGCCAACAGCUUGCCGCUGUGGAAAAGAGAAGGCACUGGUGAGGAGUUCUAUCUCUACAGCGGCAUUGAUGGACGCUGGCAUGCAGCGGCGAAGGGCUUCGAAUGUGAUCUCGGUGCGUUGAGCAGUUGCCUUCAUGGAGCCGCCAUGCCCAACAUGCUUCCCAGCGGAGCUUGGGAGAGGAAGUUGGCUGGCAGAUAUCAGCUGCAAGAUGGCUGGGUGAACGGCCAACGCCAUUGGAAGCGUUGUGGUGACGGCGAGGAGUGCUGGCUCUACAGUGGCGCCUCGGGGCGACGCGGAUCUGCAACAGUGGGAGGGAUCUGA